AUGGACACCUUCUCCCCCACACACCAGCCCGACGAAGGCUACUCUGAGGAUCCCUUGGGAACUUCCGGGGACAACGAGCUCUCGAGCGCCCUGUCAAACGUCAGAACCGAAGACCUGCCGGCCUGGAUCGCCUCGAACGCUGCCUAUCUGCCCCUUGAGCUGAAGAAAGAGCUCACUAUGGCUCUCCUAAACCAAUUGCCCACGGCGGCCGUCUGCGAGAUUGUCGAACGAUUAAGCCCCCGAUUGUACAUCGACUUUGUCCGCUAUCUGCCCACCGAAGUCUGCCUCAAGAUCCUCAACUUCCUCGAACCCGACUCUUUGAUCAAUGUCCUCCGCACGUGCAGAGCUUGGUAUGAGCUCUCUCUCGACUACAAACUAUGGGAGCGAAUGUACCAUCUCGAGGGCUGGAAGGUGGUGCGCAACGAGAUCACAAAAUGGGAGCAGCGGGUGACGCACGGUCUCACAGAGUCUAUAGGACAUUUACAGCGCAUGCAGAGUACCGAUGGGCACUCGAGCAAGAUUCGACGGGUGGCGCGGGACGAUGGCGACACUGAUAUAUUCAUGUCCGACAGCAUGCUAUGCCUGCAAUUCGACGCAGAUCCCGCCGAGGAUCUACUCGUUUCAGGGAGCAGUGAUUCCGAUAUCAUUGUGUGGAAGUUCUCUACCGGCGAGAUCCUCCAGAAGAUUACCAAAGCUCAUUACGAAUCUGUGCUCAAUGUUAAGUUUGACAAGGACGUUCUGAUCACAUCAUCCAAGGACAAGAGCAUCAAAAUCUUCAAUCGAAAACCGCUGCGAUUUGGUGAGCUCGGGUACGAUUCUGAUGUGUUCCUCCCAGCCGUCAAGAAGCUUCAAUACAUGGGGUAUGAGCCGGAAUUGGCCCGCGAGCUUCCCAUCAAACCACCAUUCUCCAUGAUUGGGAGGCUGGAAGGCCAUGGUGCUGCCGUAAAUUCCAUCGCCAUCCGAGGGCGUCAGGUUGUCUCGGUGUCUGGUGACAGGCACGUCAAGGUGUGGGACUGGCCGACCAUGACCUGCACCAUGACCAUACCUGCACACGAGAAGGGAGUUGCAUGCGUCGAAUUUGACGGCCGAAGAAUCGUGAGCGGCAGCAGUGACUGCGCUGUCAGCAUCUUCGAUGCCCCGACGGGUGUUAACAUCGCCACUCUCAAGGGCCAUGAACAGCUGGUGCGCACUCUGCAAGCUGGAUUUGGCGAUCUGCCUUAUAGUCGCCACCAGGAUAUCGUUGAUGCGAGGCGGAUUAAUCAAGACUUCUUGGAGGCUGUCAACAGUGGCCGCAUUGACCUUGAAGAUCCAAGACCUCGCGCCCGUGAAGCCAGUGCUGGCGGAUCACGACCUGAAGACAUCCACGCAUAUGGCAAUCUUAGUUUGCCUCCAGAUGGCGGUGGCGGUAGGAGGUAUGGCCGGAUCGUUUCCGGUUCAUACGACCAUAGCAUCAUCAUCUGGCGGCGCGAUAAAGAGGGUGUUUGGAAACCGGCGCACCGUCUCCGUCAGAACGAAGCCGCUACGGCUGCGCACCAGCGGGCUAUGGAGGAACUAGAGAAUCCCGACCCUGUGGCGAGACUGGCUCAGCAAAGCAGCGUCGUCGCGCAAGCGUGUGGUCUGGGACAAGUCUCUCUCCCAAUGCCCAACGUCCAUGAUUCACAGCCCUACCUGUCAUCGGGAAUCUACACCGCGCUCAUAGACCAAGUCGUUCUUUCUGGAUCGUCGAUGCUGCAACAAGCGCUGGCGAAUUACCCAGGUCUUUUGGCCCAUUACACAUAUUUACAAAAGGCCAUUGAUCGAGAAACAUCACAGGAUAUGCGGCGUGACCUGCGAUUGGUGUUGGAGGCAGCGGUAAAUGGGCUACAGACUGCACGCAGACUGCAGCGGCAGGAAAGCAUGGCAUCGAACAUCUCCAUGGCACCUACGGCAGGGUCUGCAGCCUCCCAGGGCGUGGCAUCCGUCAGACAAGGCUCGCAGACCUCGACGACAGAUAACGACGGUGAUGCGCCCAUGCCCGCUGCGCCACUAGCACAGACUCCAGCGCCGCCGGCCGAAUCUCAUCAGCACCACACAGUGCCAAGUAACGUUCCAACCCUGCACGCCAAUCCACCCGCAAACGCGCUUCACCCAGGUCAGCCUCUGCCCUUUGCAGACAAUGCGUCGUGUCGCGUGUUCAAGCUCCAGUUCGACGCACGCAAACUUAUCUGCUGCAGCCAGGCCUCGAUCCUGGUGGGGUGGGAUUUCUGCAACGGAGAUCCCGAGCUAGAGGAAGCCAGUCGCUUCUUCGCCGCGAUUGACUGA